AUGGCCGAAUCACAAUUCCCGCCAUCGUCGCUCCGGCCUCUGCUGCAAGAAGUCGCAACUCUACUCAAAGAACGAAAGGAAACCGUAUCCGUUGCAGAGACGGCUGCUGGCGGUCUCAUCUCUGCCGUUCUCCUCUCGGUUCCUGGCGCUUCAACAUACUACCGCGGCGGUCUCACCGUAUACACCCUCCCAUCGCGCGUCGCCUUUGCCGGCUGGACACCCGAAGCCAUCAACACAUACACCGGUCCGACGACUGAUAUCGUUGCCGGCCUGGCCGAGCACACGCGCUCAACACUGCAGUCGACGUAUACCGUUUCGGAGAGCGGGACUGCUGGGCCUGGCGGAGGGACGACGCCGAACAGAGUUCCGGGAACGGUGUUUGUGGCAGUCGCAGCGCCCGAUGGCAAGACGUAUACCAGACAAGUCGACACGGGCCUGGGCGAGGACCGCGAGGGCAAUAUGGUUGCGUUUGCGGGCGAGGCGCUGAAGCUGCUUCGUGAUGUGCUCAAGGGGGUUGCCAAGUUAUAA